AUUGGAGAAUUUUGUUACCAUUCCUCCCAAUAUGGUUCUUGAUUUGGAGCUAUGGACAAAGCCCAGAUGAAAAAGAACAAAUGAUCAGAUCACAUCAGAUGCAAGAAUGAAGAAUCUACAGAUUGGUUUAGGAGGAAGGAAACUUAAAGCGUGUAUGAAAAAAUGGAGAAGAUUCAUCAUACCUUGUGCUACCUGCGCCGUGUGCUGUAAAUGGUCGCUGUGGCCGUUGUCAUCUAAGCACGAGGAGAAGAUUGUCCCGAGCGAUGUCCCAAAGGGUCACUUGGUAGUAUAUGUUGGAGAGUGUCGGAAGAGGUUCGUGAUCAAAGUAAGCUUGCUGAAGCACCCGCUCUUCCAGGCACUGCUUGAUCAAGCUCGGGAUGUCUAUGACUUCAAUGCCAAUACAAGACUCUGUAUCCCCUGCGACGAGAACAUCUUCCUCAGUGUCGUACAGUGCGCCAAAUCCCCACCUGAUCGCCGGCUAGCCGUCUGCCUAUGACAUCUCAGCCUUAGCCAUGACUAAACAGGAUUGAAGAAAUUUGUCGAAUUGACACAGUAUUUCACCUGGUGA